AUGAACCUCUGGAGAACAGGAAUUAUCGUAGUUAUCCUAAUAGGUACUGUUUGCUCCUCGCAUGUCGCAUCAUCUUCGGACUUAAGCCUCAAACAAAAAAUACGAUCGGUUGGUGCACAACUAAGGAAUAUUUUCUCAUAUAAGCCGUUCUUUUUUGUUUACCUGCGUAGAUUUUUAACAUAUUGUUUUGUUAACAGCGUCGCAUGAUUUCUGAGGACAUAAAAACCUGCAAACAUUGGAAUUAUGAGACUACAGAUGACCCACACUUUGCAGAUGUUCACGUAAACCUGCAUAAUGCGGUGAGUAUAAGAUUCUUCUGGUGCAGAAUUCGGUGAUAAAGGAGCUUGAAAAAUCCAGACUUGGGAGGUUUUAUUAAUAUGAACUUCCAAUUGCAUAUUUCCUGUGACGUUUCCUCGCUCAAAUUUACUUUAACAAAUCAGCAUUUAAGCGACCGAUUCUGUUUUAGAGUUUCGAAUUGUUGUUGUUGUUGUCAGUGUUGUUAACAGUUAAUCUCGUACCCAGAUCUCCCACGGCCAAGGGAAAGAACAUUUUGUAUUGCUUAUGCUCACCCCCUGAUCACUCAUCUGCCGGUUACCGAAAGGUAGACGUUUUUGUGUUGAAGUCACCAUUGAGUACGGUGUUUUUCGUCCCUUUUCGGUGCUUUGGGGAGUAUUUACAGUCCGAGACCGUUUCUUGACGUUUCCUUGUCUACUUGUUUUCAGUUUGCGUUCAAGUUUCUUCUGUGUACUCUGGCGAGUAGAGGCAAAUAUUUUUAAGUUCUUGUUUAGACUUAGAACUUUAUCAUGACAACUUCUGCAACAAAACUUGGAAGUUCGUCCCUCUCUGAGACUUCAACUUCACAUAAUCUAACAAUAAUCCUUUUUAACUGUAAGGCCUUUCCACUAACACUGAAAAAGUAAUUUUUUCUCUUGGUGCUCUCCCCACAAAACCGGCAUUGACUUUUUAAAAUGUCGUCUGUCAACUUUUUAUUUGGGAUACUUCCAUGUUUCACGGCGGCAUGGCCCGAGCGGCCACCCAAAGAACCGCGAAAAUUGGAACCGUUAAAAGAGCCAAUCAUAGCUUAUGUUUUAUCACGGCACGACUUUAAGCAGGAGCCAAAGAAAAAUGGCCUUGUAUCCACCUUUACCAGAUCUCACUUUUCAGCGUAAGACUGAGUGAGAUGUGGGUACGAGAUUAGUUAACAGUAUACUGAAACAUUGGGAAUUAGUUUUGUUCUGUGGACGAACCGUAUAGAAUCGCGGUUUCUCUGCGAUAAAAGACUGAUUUAGCUCCCCCGAUCAAAUGCUCUAAUUUAUUUUACCCCCGUUUAUUAGAGAUUCAUAUUAUAAAAACCUUGUAAUUUCCUUCUCUUUUCAAAAUAUGGCAUUUCAUUGCUUAAAUUUUUUGAGUGGUUUGCCGCGCGCAUGCCGCUUGCUGAGUGAGGCCGGCAAUGUGUACUAACAAAAUUGUCAAAAACGCUGAUCUUUUUUCCACGCACACUUCAGGCAAGUACAACAAAGAAAAUGUCGGUGGCUUUACAAUGUACAACGAUGAAUAAAAUACUCGAGCCGAAAUCAGCUUUCAGCAUUCCAUCGGUAAGUAGAACUCGAAUAAGAACUGUAAUAAGCAAAAAAAAGAAACAAAACAUUAGAUUUGAUUAGACCUUUGAGUACUGAUUUGAUACCGUCAAGUUAUUUCAUUUCAUAUCUGUUAAUCAAAGAACACGAAGCCUGUGCCCUGGCAUUAUUCCUGCGCGCCCGAUUGUCCCCUAAGAUUGAGGAGCGCUAUUAAGCCAUAUUUGGGACACUACUGCAGUAAAAAGCAACCACUACAGCGACGGCAAAAGGAACGUGAAAAUGCAAUGGCUCCUGAAUAUUAGCAAAAAAAAAAAAAACAAUUCUGCACGUGCUUACCUUCUUAUAAUUACGGCCUCGUCACACAUCACGGUGCGUAGGAGACUACUGGCUGCAUUGAAGACAUUACUUUUACGUCUCAUAGUGAAGACCGGACCGCCAUUUUACUUAGUCAUCCGAACCAGCCGAAGGUCUAACCGUUUGCAGGGUAUGCAAUAAGACUACCUUCAUUUUGAAGUUAUUUUAAGCCCCUAAGUAUUGGCCCGGCCCUUGGUAUCGAACCCGCGACUUCGCGCUCAGCAGUCAAACGCCCUACAAACAGAGCUACUCAUGCCGCGGUAAACGUGUAAGGAUGAAUUUUAACAAAGUGUGGGGCGCGUAGCCUGUUCUAUGCGUUCUGCAGACAUUGGAGGGUGGCGUGAAUUUUGAGAUCAGAGAAAAAAGUAGAACAAACGGAACAGGAAGAGAGGAGUGAAAGCUUUCCUUCGCCCUCUCUCUACCCCCACCCAUUCGCUGUUUUCUUACUCACUUUUCCUUUGCACUGUACCCACUACCUAAAGGCCUGGAACACUAUGAGAUGCAUUGAAAAAAGAUCAAAUUCUUGAAAUGGUCAAACUAGCCCAACGUUUAAUUUCUUUCUUAGGGCAAGAAACGUGACUUUGCAUUCAGAAUCGCCGUUGCAUCAAAGUUCCACCACCGAGACUCUAGUGUGCGUCAACACAAAUGUCAGUUGUCCACAUGGAAUGAAGAUGAAUUCAGCCUUGUAACCUGCAAGUUUAACAUCAGCGUUUGGCCCAAUGGCAUGUUCUACUAUAAGUGUUCUAAAUGUACGUAUAUAUCCCGACUUUUCUUUAAAGAGAACUGUGUGGCGAAAUUUAUCAAAAUUCAAACAGUAGAAUCUAACACCAAGUUAAAUUGAGUGAAACAUAAAAAAUAACUGGGUGAUUUCUCAAAACAUUAAAAGAAGGUAUAAAUAAAAGCGAAUACAAAAGAAGGUAGGAAUGGAUAAAGUUAAAAACCUGAAAAAUGGUUCGCAAUACUGGCUUCUUAGCCUAACAGCUUUUCAAAGUCCAUUUAACUAAUAUAAUAGUUGUUUGUCUAGAGGGCAUAUUUGUUAGACAAGAAGCUGUAAGCUGCUUUCGUUAAGUUCCAUAGCGCAGAAUUCAAUUCAAUUUUUAUUCACACUUUUAUAAAAUAUUUACAUUAUAUAAAGUAAGGUAGGAAUACACUAGUAAAGGAGAAGAAGAAGGAAGAAAGAAAAUUAAUGGCUUGGAUAGAAGUGCACAGUGGUCAGAGGAGCUUAGCUUUCGAGCUAACCACCGCAUAAGGACACGUACUGACAAAAUGAACUAGACAUACAUGACACAGCCCCUCCAGCUUCUGACAUAUGUGCAAUCGGACUAAAACCAGUUUUAUGAUUCUGUUUUUAGACUUUGUGGAUUUUUCUUCUCGACAUUAGUUUAAGAAUGAACUCUCGCAUAUUUUAUUUGUGUUUUAGAUCAGAAAGAUCAACUUUCAGUGUCACAGUCUAUCACCACAAGUGCCAAGCAGAUUAAGCUGUAUAAUAAGGAAGAAGUAUAUUACUCCUCCUUUUUAAAUAGCAUUAAAAGGCUUCAGCCCAACUCAGUACGAGAAAGUAGGCGGCAUAUUACAGAACUUUACAGGGCCGCCAAAAUCUCGGCUUAGUUAUAUCCUUUGUAAUUAACAGAGUAAAUCGCAAUAAUUAUUAUUAUUACCGAGGUAGUAGGCGGCAUAUAUUUGAACUCUACAGGGCCCCCAAAACCUCGUGUCCCUCGAUGUUAUUUCUCACCCCUUUAAUUCUAUUGUAACUCCCGGGCCUGGGUCCUAGUGACCGCGUGCCACUACCCAGCCCCACCCUACCUUCGUAUCCUCUUAAUUUUUUGAACUACAACUUCUAGCGAUCUGUAAAUAAAUUAUUUAAGAAAAAAAAAAGUACGAGCAUGGGUGUAUAGAUACAUCAAACUCGUUCCCAGGCUACUUGUUAUGUUAUGUUCAUUUGUUAUUGGAUCGUACAACAACUCCUUAUGAGUUUCCGAUAAAAAUCAAAUUUUGCUAUACUUCUAAACAUGUGUAUGUUGGAAACGUCGUGGGAAAACAGCCUGGAGAGAUUCUUGAAAAGUUCUCAAAAUAUUUAUUGAAGUGUUGUUCUGUAUACAUCCACUGGAAAUUUGCUUUAAUCCGCGAUACGGAAAAAGAUGGCGCCACGCAAGGAACUCUGGGUAGGUCGACAUGUCGGCCAUGAAAAAAUGUAAAUAAUAAAACAAUUACCCUGAUAGGUCUAACAGUCAAUAUUUAUAAUGGAAAAUUAUACAUUGAGAAAAUUUCCCUUGUUAUGGGAGUCAAGUAAAAAGUCCAAUGCCUCAUUUGAGGGAUAUUUUCUAAAACUGCCCUUUGUGCUUAUUUAAUGGUCCAUCACAAAUUCUUGGAUCUGCCCAAUUCGUCUAAUAACUUACUACUUUUGUCAGGCUGAGUUGGUUCGUAAAUUUUUGGUACUUGAUUGCCCAAAUAUCAUCCUGAUGUCUUAAAUAAACCAUCUAUGAUAUCUAUCAUUUCUAUCAUCAGCGUUCCGUAUUUCUCAUAAACUCAACUUGUAAACCUGUCAUACUGAGCCUCCAACUGGUUGAUAUGUACAAGAACCUAGAGAAGGGACAAGAAUGGUCCCUGGAAUUCCCGCUGUCCUGGUAAGUCAGAACACAUGUACUUGAUGUGAGAAAAGUGGGUUUAACUCUUGACUAUCCAAGGUUAUAAAUAUAUAUGGUUUUCCCGAGAUUUAAUUCUCUAUUAUGGAGUUUCCUUUCUAUGAGGAUUUAAUUAAUUUCUGCUUUUUUAUAAAUUGAUUCAUAACAGUUCUGGAGCUACAAGUCUCAAUUACUAUGGAAAAUGCUCUGUCAAAAUAUAUCACACGUGUCGCGAAGUCACAACUCAUGUGAAAACCGUGAUGUUCGAGUUUAUGGACGGUAAGAUGUUAAGCUCUUUUUACGAAUUCGAUACGAAUAAAUUGAGGUAAGGAGAUUGUAAUAUGCUUGAGAUAUGCGAAAUUGAAGAAAUGAAAACAGAUUCAGUUUUUUUUUUUAUUUGAUAGUUGAUUGGACACUUUUAAUCCUCAUUUUGAAUUGAUGGAUUGGGUAACAACCGGCCAGGUAGAGGCUAAUAAACAGUAUCGUAAAUCAUAAAAGGACAUUAGGCUGCAUUGUCUCUCUUCGCUGUGCAUGGUCUCAUGUGUUAUCGAUACAAAAGUAAUUGAUACUGCGGAGACUUUCUGGGAGGAGGGUGUGGCUGUACCCAGGCUGCGAAAACUGAGUUAAUUCAGCCUCUGUUGCGUGGGUACCCUGUACUCACCAUUUUUUUUAAACAAAGGAGCCCUGGUUUAUUUGUUUCAUAACCGUAUUUUUUAUUAGUGCAAUGCUCCAUACAAACGUCCCUUUUGUUUCUGUUGUAACUACUCCUGCAUAACAGGCAAACAAAAGUAGCACCUUUCCUUUGAUGAAUGGACACAUGAUCCAAUCCAAAUUUACCCUUGUGACACCCUUUAGAAGAACAAGAAAUGCUUCAUUGGUAGAGACCUUACAGACAGUAGAGUGCGGGAUAUACUUUGCAGGAGAGAAUAAUUCUCUCUGGACUUUUGCCAUUUAUAGUAAGAUAAAUCACAGAAGAGAAAAUGACCCUUCUUAGCGUGUAUUAUGUAUUAUAUUAUUUUUACAGGCGAAAUUCCGGAAUGUGAAUAUGUGAAGAGUCUUUUGGGCAAAAUAGCCCGGAAUAGUUUUGCCGCCUCUUUGGGAGUCAACGAUGACUGGUCAGCAGCAUUGUCCCUAGCUGCAAUGGUAGAAGUACUUUUGAUCAUAGGGACGCUUUUUGUAAAGGUAGUCUCUAAUUUCGAAAACGAUUAUUCCUAUUAUUCCUAAGAUUUUCUUAAUAAUCGCACGGGACCAAACACAAAUAAAAUAUUUUGACCAAUCAGCAACGACCGUGACCGACCCGAUACUAGAAGUGGAUACUGGCUUACUACAAGAUAUAUAUUUAUUUAUUCAUUCAUUCGUUCAUUUAUUUUCUGACUUUCUUGACCGAGAGAAAGGCGCAAGAAGCCUUACUCAAUACUUCGAGUACCUGAAGGCUAGAUCAGGCAAUCUCCAAACUCACUUUCCAGCUCACAAGUUUAGGAUCUGGAAAAUCAAAUUCACUGAACACACCCUGUUUGCUUGUUUGUUGAUAAAGUUGUUUGUUGCUGUUUUUUUAUUGCGCAUCUUGUACCUUACCGACCGCAACAUUGGUUCACUAUGCUUGAGUGUGUCAAUCGCCAUUUCUUACUUAUAACAUAAAACAUAAUUUUUUACACUUUUUUUCAGUUUGUUUACGUCGGGCUUACCAAAGGUUGGAAUUCUUCCAAGAAAGAAUUUAGUGAUCGAGUGUUUAACGCCUUGAGUUUGAAACGUACCUCAUCACAAGCCAAAGAUAAAUCAGAGAAAGAUGUGACCGAAGCUAACGAUGGCGCUUAUCUGUUGGAAGAGAAUCGUAAUUAA